CUUCGACCGACGCGACAUGGGCACAUCACCCUCUCUCCCACCUCGUCUUCCCACCACCACCGAUCUAACGAGCAAGGAAGGGAGACUUCCUCGGGACCCCACCCCGCCGCCCACCCCUUUCUCCACCUCGCGGGCGGACGGGAUCGCCGACGCCGCCAUGGCCUCCACCUCCUCCAAGUACGCGAAGCACCGUCGGAUCGGAGAGGACGAAGAGGAGGAGGAGGAGCCUGAAGAGGAGCUCGAGCGGUUUGAUGAUUUCACCAUCGCUUCAUCAUGGGAGAGGUUUAUAUCUGAGAUAGAGGCUAUUUGUCGUCAAUGGUUAGCAGAUGGCCCAAAGAUCUUGAUGGCGAAAGGUGCAGAGAGCGUGCCUUCCUUCGAAAACUUGUACAUGGUCAAGCGUGAUUUGAAGCAUGGGAAAAGAGUAUACUGUAUGGAGUAUCAUUUCAUGAAAUCUGCAAAAGGGAAAUAUUCAUACUGGAAUGAUGAUACACAUAGCACACAACUAUCUUUUGGAGUAGACGACUUUCUGAUAAUUGCUCCCUUGAGUGCCAGCGGUGUUGUUCUUGAUGAUCCUGAAUCAACUAAGCUUUUGAGUUCUAUAGCGAUUGCUUUGUCUAAUUGUGGCAGCAAUUGGCCAGCAUUUGUACCGGUGCAUGACCCUUCACGGAAAGCAUACAUUGGAAUCCAAAAUAUGGGAACUGUAUUUACUCGAAGAUUUGAAGCUGAUCGAAUUGCUAGCCAGGUCCCGAUACGACUGAUGCAUCUGGAGGGGUUACAUGAGCUAUUUCUGUCAAAGUUUGUUCUAUCUUCAUCAGAUUUUCCAGCAAAGGUAAAGGUAAACUUCUCUAUGAAGCUUACCUACAGAACUCCUGAAUAUGAAUACGAUCAUGAGGAGACUUUGGAUUCUGAAGCAACUGAGACAAUAGCAGAAAGUGAAGUUCCAACCCAACCCAGAAAACAAUGGGAUGAUGAUUGCCCUUGGGCAGAGUGGUACUCUGCUGAGGAUCCUGUUAAAGGUUUUGAGUUGACUGCCAUUUGGGGAGAGAAAAUGUUCGAAGAGAGCCUUGAGAUGGCUGAGGUCGAAAAUGCUUCGUCGUUUGAUGCUGAUAGCUGGCUUCUUCACCCAGUUGUGUCUCCAUACAUGGUUGAUGAUUCUAUUGGAAAGUUUGUUGGGUUUGCAUCCCAGUUAUAUCUUCUGGUAAAUGCGUUUGAAUCGUCAGGGGAGGCACAAUUUUUGGAAGAUUUUGUUGCAGAUAAUUCAGGUCAGGACAAUUCAAAAUCUUUGGUUACUGUGCCUCCGCCUUCUGUCAUUGACCGUGUUAUGAAAGAUCUUUUCAAUGAUGAGGCUGGAAUCUCAAAUUACGUGGAAGCAGAAAAUAAACAUGGCCGCGCUUUGAAAGGAGCACCUUCAGAUUCUCUCUUUGCCCAGUUUUGUUUGCAUGCAUUGUGGUUUGGCAACUGCAAUAUACGGGCAAUAGCAGUCUUGUGGAUUGAUUUUGUGCGUGAAAUUCGUUGGUGCUGGGAGGAAUCAGAACGACUGCCGAGGAUGAAGAGCACUUCUAAAAUUGACCUCUCCACUUGUCUGAUCCACCAGAAACUACAAAUGCUUGCGAUAUGCAUCGAAAGAAAAAAAUCGUUGAAUUGUGAGAAGGAUACUGAUCUUGCAAAUAAAGAAGGGAUUUCAAAUAGCACGGCACCAAGUAAAAUUCGUAAAGGAUCAGCAGGUGUUGUCCCUUCAAUGAUGCUCAUAAAUAUAUUUCAGGAAAUGCAUGCUCCAUAUACUCAGGAUGCACCUUUGAUGACAGAAGAUAUGCAUGAAGAAAGGCUCCAUGCAGCUGAAGCUUUUGGCAAUGCUGUUGGUUUAUCUGGUCAACUGGAAAGGGAUAUAUUAUCUUCUGAUAUGUCUGCUUUUAAAGCCGCAAACCCAGAUGCUGCCUUUGAAGAUUUUAUUCGGUGGCAUUCACCUGGUGACUGGGUGAGUGAGGAGGACAAAGCCGAUGGUAAUUCCACAUGGCCACCCAAAGGAAGGCUUUCUCAGCGUAUGUCUGAACAUGGAAAUAUGUGGCGCAAAAUUUGGAACGAUGCUCCAGCCUUGCCUGUCUCUGAACAGAAAUCCUUGCUUGAUUCUAUUCGAGAAGGAGAAAAGGUGGUUCAUUACCUUGAAACUUUGAGACCGCAACAGCUCCUUGAGCAAAUGGUUUGCACUGCUUUCAAAUCAUCAGCUGACAUUCUGAACAAGACCUCAUACGGUAGCUUUAAAUUAAUGAAGACUAAAAUGGAUCAACUAUAUGCUACAAUGGCGUCAACAUUGAAGUCUCUUCAAGGGAAAUCCGACAUAAGUGAUUUGGCUGGAGACUUGAAGCAACUUUGUCAAGUUUUCGAGCACAUCGAGAAGUUACUGAUUUUUGCUGCUUCGGUACACCGAAAACUUAUAGAUGCUCCACGACUGGCUCAAUCAAUAUUUAGUGACUACUUCAAUUACUAUCUUCCAAAAAUGGGAACCAGUUUGGAAAGUAUUUGCUAUGAAAGUGAGUUCACUACUAAGGAAAAGGUUGGGAUGCUUGAGAGAGAUGCUGUAUCAAGCCUGUUUCGCCCUCCUACUGCUAAUCAGUCAUGGAGGAAAGUUCUGAGCAUGGGAAAUCUUUUGAACGGUCAUGAGCCAAUACAGAGAGAGAUUGUAUUCUCAGUCAUGGAGAGAGUAAGCAACGGUCACUAUUCGAGCCCAACACCGUUGUGUACAGAUGAACAGGUCGAGACACACCGGAUGUAUAUAUCUGGUACAUCUAAUGAUCUCUGGGUUGCAUUAUCUGUGACAUCCUGGGAUUGAGCAGCUCAUACAUACAGAAGAGGAACCGAUGGCAGUUAGCCUGCUGUUUUGAUAGUGCAGAUGUACCAGUUAAUAGGUCGGGAUGUUCGAGUGUACUUGGUCGAAGCAUGGCAUGUCAAUGAUGGUGGAGGCCUGAAGCUCAAACAC